AUGGGUUCUUCCCCUCGGAAGGUCCCUCUCUCACUUCUAUGGUUCCUUGUCUGUGCACUGUUGCAGACACCCAGCUCCGCCGUCAGGAAGGCAAGUAAGACUGAUCUGGUCUUCCUGUUUUUGUUUUUUUUCUGUCCUCGAGCCUACUCAUCAAUCCCUCUAUUGAUGGGUUUCUUGUUUCUCCAAUGCAGUCAUAUGUUGUGUAUAUGGGGGGCCAUCUUCACAGCCGGGAAGAGGUGUCCCUGAUAAAGGCGGAUGUGGUCACAGCAUCGCACCACGAGUUCCUGGAAUCCUUCGUGGGCAGGUAACUGAACUUUCUUUCCACACUUAUACACAUGUUCUCCCUCCAAACCAGCGCUCUUAUAGUUAAUCUUACCCAAUCGUCGGGUAUCGAUUGAUGUUGCAGCAGGGAGAAGGCCCGAGACGCUAUCUUCUACUCCUACACGAGGCACAUCAAUGGGUUCGCCGCACAUCUGGAGGAGGAAGAGGCGAUAGAGAUAUCUAGUUGGACUCUUCUACCGGCCUCAUCCUUCUCUUUUCGUUGGCAGCUUUGAACUGCGGCAGGUUAAUCAUCCUUCCCUUUGGAUAUUUAUAGAGUCACCAGGGGUCAUGGCUGUGUUCCCCAACAAGAAGCACGAGCUGCACACGACGCGCUCAUGGGAAUUCCUAGGCCUGGAAAACGAAGGGACUGUCUAUGAGGACUCCAUAUGGAGGAAGGCGAGGCUGGGGGAGGACACAAUCAUCGGGAAUCUCGACACUGGUAAUCCACCCCAACCUUUUCUCUUCUCGCCUUGCUUUACCCGCCUUAUUCUCUCUCUCUCUCUCUGUAUUUACCUCUCUCUUGGUUCCAUAAAGAAGGCACAAACCUUAUCUCUUCUACUUGGUUCCUCACCGGAUUUCGCGUAGGGGUAUGGCCGGAGUCGGCAAGCUUCAACGACGAGGGCUUGGGGCCCAUCCCGUCGAGGUGGAAGGGGACCUGCGAGAGCGGCCCCAGCGAUCCUAUCCACUGCAAUAGGUAUACUCAACGACUCCUGGAAAGGUCUUCCCUCCGGUUACGACUCGAUCUUUGCCAUUACACCCAAGCAGCAUCGUCGUCAACGUGGCCAUCAACAUCUCCAUCACCGGCCAUGCAUAAACUAACGAUAGAAGAUUUCAAUGGGAACUUGUAAUAGGUGGCUAGUCACCGUCACUGGUUCGACCAUAGUUUUGUCUCCAUCCAUCCAUCGCCACGCGGUUGCUCUUCCCACAGUGUGGGCCAGUGCGACCGUGGACACAGUCACCAAUGCUUUCCUGUAAAGAUAAUUUCGAUUAAAGAUAGGGCCGAAUCAGAUCAUUGAAAGAAAAUUGUGGAUUUGGUGUUGAUGUUUUCGUGUUUCCGUCAAUAAGAUCGACGAACGAUGUGAUUUCCUUGACUUAGGAAGCUGAUCGGGGCCCGGUUCUUCAACAAGGGAUAUGUUGCUGCCGGGGGAACGUUAACCGCCAGCCAGAUCACCUCCCGCGACACUAAUGGCCACGGUACCCACACCCUUUCCACCGCCGCCGGCCGGUUCGUGCCGGAUGCCAGUAUCCUCGGCUUCGGCAACGGCACUGCCAAGGGCGGGGCACCCAGCGCCCGGGUGGCGGCGUACAAGGUGUGCUGGGAACCCAUAGAUGACGGAGGCUGCUUCGACGCUGACAUCCUGGCCGCCUUUGAUCAAGCCAUUGAAGACGGCGUAGACGUGCUCUCGGUAUCCAUUGGCCAGAGAGCCGAGAACUACAGUAGCGAUGGGCUCGCUAUCGGGUCGUUCCACGCCGUGAAGAACGGGAUCACCGUGGUGUGCUCCGGCGGCAACACGGGUCCCAGCUGGGGAACUGUGAGGAACGUCGCGCCAUGGAUCCUCACUGUUGGAGCAAGCACCAUGGAUCGGGAGUUCAUCUCCUACGCUAUCCUCGGAAACGGGGUACAACUGAAGGUUCACCCACCCUUAGAAUCGUCCCUCAGUUCUACGUUCCUUGAUAGUCUUCUUGAAGCUCACUCCGUCGUUUUCUCCGUUCAUGCGUCCUUCCUUCAGGGGCAGAGCCUUUCCACCUCCAGUCUCCCGGCGAACCUUUCCUAUCCUCUGAUCAGCGGUACCGACGCUCGAGCUGGCAAUUCUACCCCGGACGAGGCGUAAGAUCGACCACCCGCUUCUUCCAUCAUUGAUGGCGUACACCUCCGACUGAAUGAUCUUUGGAUACCUCUCAGGCGGCUCUGCUUCUUGGGCUCGUUGGAUCCAGAGAAAGUGAAAGGAAAGAUCGUGGCCUGCCGAUUUGGGAACGUCUCGAGCGUGGAGAAAGGCCAGACGGUGCUCCUCGCCGGCGGCGUCGGGGUGAUCGUCACAAGCCCUGCCACCCUGGGGAACCAUGUCCCCGCCAACCCUCACGUCCUCCCCGCCGUAGAGUUAUCAUAUGGCAACAGCCUCUUUCUCGACAACUACAUCAACUCUUCCACGUAAGUAAUCAGUCAAUCUUCUAUACCAGCCACAACUGAACGCUAGCAAGAAUCGCUCCCCUGAAUGAUGCCUCACGAACCAAACCAGACCACGAACCCCCCCCCUCGGGAAUCCUUCAUCUCUCUCUUUCUGUCUAAUCUGUCCUAACACUUCCUCUACCUCUCAAAACGGCAUGAAAUUGAGUACUCGCAAGCCACAUCAAAACCCAACGAUACAAUUAUAGAACACUGGAAGUAAAAUGGACAAGGUCCGCUAGAAUCGACGUAGAAUUGUCCAAUUAUAGUAAAUUUCUAGAAAAUCUUCCCUUUUCAAGAUCUAACUUGGAUCGCCAUGCACUUGGUUGAAUCCUCCCAAGCAGGUUUACGGACUUGACGUCAAGAUGUUGGUUUAUAUUUUGAGUACGAUUGAAACCUUGUCUUGUUUCGAUUAUUCACUUUGGAUUUAGCACCAUAAAUUCUGAACAACAUGAGAAUAUUCCCGUUUUUCCUUUAUUUCACCAAUGCUAUUUGUUAUUUCGGUAUUAACAGUAGUGUUUCUAUUUUUUAACUCGCAUAUACCUAGCAGUUCGCACUUGAUUUGCAAAAACCUUUGUUUCAAACUGCAACUAGAGUUGUUCAGCUGAUUAAAUUGAAGUAUUGACAUCUAUAUUACCGAAUUUGACUAGAUCGUUUGUUGAAGACCUAGGAUUGAUCCAUCACCUUGUUUCCAGGAACCCUGUCGCCCGCAUCAUUCCACCUACCACAGUGGUGGGCACCAAGCCGGCGCCUUUCAUGGCCUACUUCUCAUCCCGAGGGCCUAAUCCUGUCGACCCCGAGAUCCUUAAGGUUCCCUCUCUCUUUAUCUGUGUAUCAAUCUAUCUCUCUAUCCAUCUAUCUAUCUAUCUAUCUCUCUUUCCCUUCUACCAUCCCCCUUCCCUAGAACUGAUGAAAAGGCAAUACGUAAACUCAUUUCCCCGUUCCGAUCUGUGCAUUGAAUGGCUUGCAGCCCGAUAUCACUGCUCCAGGCGUGAGCGUUCUCGCUGCCUUCACCGAAGCAGUAGGACCAUCUGAUAACUUCUUCGACGACCGCCGGGUUCGAUUCAACGUAUUGUCGGGAACGUCGAUGUCCUGCCCUCACAUCUCCGGGGUCGCCGGACUCCUCAAAACCCUCCACCCCGACUGGAGCCCGGCGGCGAUCAAGUCUGCCAUCAUGACUACCGGUAAGUUUCGAGUCUGCGCUGAAAGAAAGGUUGUCCAAAUUUUCAAUGACUGAUCUGGAUCUGUUGCUGUCAACUCGGCUGCAGCGACGACAGAUGAUAACCUUGGGAAGCCCAUACUCGAUUCCUUUUUCUUGACUGCCACCCCAUUCAGCUACGGCAGUGGGCACGUCCGCCCGAACCUCGCCAUGGAUCCCGGCCUUGUCUACGACCUCACAAUGGAGGACUACCUCAUGUUCCUCUGCGCGCUGAGGUACACCUCCGGGCAGGUCGCCACCUUCUACGGGGCGCCCUUCGCCUGUCCGCCGAUUCCUCCCCGACUCCUCGACCUCAACUACCCCUCCAUCAGCGUACCGCGACUUUCCGCUCCCACGAUCGUUACUAGGAAGGUGAAGAACGUCGGCUCGCCGGGCACAUACACGGCACAGGUGACUGCGCCAUCCGGCACCUUGGUAAACGUGACCCCGGCAACCCUAGUCUUCAACAAGUACGGCCAGGAGGAGGCCUUCAAGGUCACAAUAGAAGCGGUGACCGGGCCUCAGGCCAGCAGAUAUGUCUAUGGGGUUUUAACAUGGUCAGACGGAGUUCACAACGUCAGUAGCCCCAUCGUCGUCGGCAUCGUAUGA